AUGAAUGGAAUUAGAGCCAACGCAGACAAACAUGGACCAGAAGAACCCAAGGAGAAAUCAAAAGCGUCGAGCGUCAAAGAUAAGUUACUGUCAAUUCGUGCUAACAUAACAGUAGAACCGAUAAUUGCGUGUUAUAUCAUGUCCAAUGUGUUCUCCGGUCUUGCUGUCCAGAACCUGAAUUUGGAGAAGGCGUGCCGAGUCAAUUUGGGGUACAGUGACGAAGUAUGUUCAGCGCUGAAUCGGCGGCAGACGGAGAACUACACAGUGGAAGAAUCAGAGGUGCAGAAGUUGACAGCGUCUGUGCAGGCGUGGAAGAACAUCGUGCAAACCGCGUUCCCUUGUAUCCUGGUUCUCUUCGUCGGAUCUUGGAGUGAUAAAACUGGAAAGCGGAAAGCGUGCAUUCUCUUACCAAUUGUUGGUGAAGUCUUAUGUUGCACCUGCUUUAUUUUGAACACGUACUUCUUCUACGAGUUGCCGUUAGAGGUAACGGCUUUAUCUGAUCUGUUUCCAUCGCUCACCGGUGGUUGGAUAACAGUCUGCGUUGGAGUGUUUAGUUAUAUUGGUGAUGUGACAACCAAAGAGAUGAGGACAUUUAGAGUAGGAGUGGCCAAUUUGUGCAUGUCCCUCGGUAUACCUAUAGGGAUGUCACUGAGUGGAAUAUUGCUACAAAAAAUUGGAUACUACGGCAUCUUUCUGAUAUCCAAUAUGUUGUAUGUGACAAGUUUUAUUUAUGGUUAUGUCCGGCUUAAGGAUCCAGAUAUAUCACAGGAAAGACAGCGUGUUCAACCAGUGGGCUGUCGCGGUUGGAUUUGCUCGUUCUUCGACGUGAGUCACGUGCGGGAGACACUAACAGUGGCGUUUAGGAGUGGACCUCGCCGGCGCAGGUUACGGGUCUCCUUGCUCAUUGUUGUCGUGUGCGUUAUAUUUGGACCUUUACAUGGUGAAAUGAACGUACUGUAUCUCUUCAUGAGGUACCGUUUCAACUGGGAUGAGGUUCAGUUCAGCAUGUUUUGUACCUACAGCAUAAUCACCAACUUAGUUGGAACUCUAUUCUCCAUCAGCAUAUUCAGUGAUUUUUUAAAGCUGGACGAUUCCGUAGUGGGCAUUAUAUCCUGCACGAGCAAAAUUCUUGCGUCCUUUAUAUUUGCCUUCGCUACUACUACAACUGAAAUAUAUCUAGCGCCUCUGGUGGAAAUAUUCAACGGGACCUCUUUCAUUGCCAUGAGAUCAAUUGCAUCUAAGCUCGUGACCAGCGAAGAAUUGGGUAAGGUGAAUUCUCUCUUUGGACUGGCUGAAGCCAUGAUGCCUCUGGUAUACGGUCCUCUGUAUUCACGAGUGUAUAUGGCAACACUGACAGUUCUGCCUGGAGCAGUCUUCUUACUGGGAGCAGCGAUGACGGUACCAGCUGUGGCUAUAUUUGGGUAA